AUGUCCCUCUUGCCCGUCUCUUCACCUUUGUCCCUCGAUAGAGUCCGGGAGAGCACGCCUUCGCCCUCCUCAGACGAGGAGGCGGCGCGAGCCCUCGAGGCUCUAAUGUGGCCGCACGACCUUGACUCGGUGGUGAGUGGGUCGUCGCUGGAGAAGCUCCGGGAGCGUUAUCAUAUCCCGGAGGAGUUUGUCCUGGUUGCGCCUGAUCCGGGGCAGCGGUCAUACGACCCGAUCCCCCGAGGCUUCGCGCUGACUCAAGAUGCCCUAGAGGCUGGGAGCGUCGAAGCCGAGCCCCUAGCAACCAUCACGGAGUCACAAGUGCAAAGGUUCGUACGGAGAAACCUCGUAACUCGUUUUGGUCUGCCCCGGUCCAUCGUCACCGACAAUGGACCUCAGUUCGCCGGCAGGAGGUUCCAAGAGUUUUGCGCCAAGCACAAGAUUCAGCUGAGGUUCAGCUCGGUGGCUUACCCCCAGGCGAACGGACUAGCUGAAGUAACCAACCGGUCCAUCAUCGACGGUCUCAAGAGAAGAGUGUCCGCUGCCCGAUCGGCAUGUAUCGACGAGCUCCCGAGCGUCCUAUGGGCGCUGCGCACUACCCUUAAAACCCCAACGGGGGAGUCUCCCGACAGCCUCACAUUCGGGACCGAGGCCGUAUUACCAUCCGAAGUGGCUGUCCCGACUCCGCGGACAGCAGGCUACGGCGAAGAGGCCUCGGGAGAAGGACUCCGAUCCAACCUGGAUUUGCUCGAAGAAAGACGGGCCGACGCGCACCGAAAAUCCCUUUCUUACAAAACUGCCGUAGCAAGGGUCUACAACCGGAAGGUACGACCCCGAUCGAUAAAGCUAGAAGACCUGGUCCUGCGCAAAGUCGAGGUCAGCCACCCGACCCGAGUAAGGGGGAAACUAGCACCGAAGUGGGAAGGACCCUAUCGAGUCAUCGAGUGUCCCGACCAGGGACGUUCCGACUCGCAACAAUGGAAGGCGACCCCAUAA